AUGAGCCACGCCAGCAACGUGCUUUCGAGGCCCGAAGACCUGAACUGCUGUUUCUGGAACAUGCUUCUGUUACUCGCCGAGGAGCCGGCUUUCGAGGGGCUGCGGGAAGCGCUUUCGAGCGGGAGCGCUGCUCCCGUGCAUCCCGGCGCGCCGGAGGAGGCUCCCCCCCCGUCGGAAGCGACGAGACCGGGGUAUCAUCUCUUCGUCGUCUCUGGCCACGAAGCGAAUGCCUCCGCCGAGGAGGCGCCCGAAGGCUCUGAAGGAGCGGCCGCUCUGCCGGGAAGAACCCUCAGCGCUGAGGGCACCGCUCGUGCGGGAGAAGCGAGAGGAAACCACCCUCGCCCUCCUAACUGGGACCCUGUUACUGAAAACCAAGCCCCCCAUGGCGUUUCCCCCGGUCCCGAAGGCCCAGGGUCUAUCCAAGCCCUGAGGCUAGUUGAGCGGACAGGGCACCCCAGGAUUUGGAAAGCAUACAACAGCGGCUUGCUGUCGUUCCUUACCUUCCGAGAAGACGCUGGAAUGCCUUCUGUUUGGCCAAUUCCGGGAAUUCAGAUCAGAGGCUUUUUGCUUUCUCUGGAUUCGCAGGGGGUGUCUGCAGCCAAAAUAUUUACAUAUCUGGCUGGCCUUUCCUACAUAUCCCAGAUGUUUAAUUUCCAGGAUCCCCUUCAGGACUUCUUCACUGUUAAUUUGGUGGUAGGACUGCAGUGGCAGCGAGGACCUCCAAUCCCGUUGAGCCUGCAGACCCUUGAAUCUUUGAUGGAUGCGCUUGAAAGCGUCUGCCACUGUUUCUAUGAGUGCCUUUUAUACCGGGCAGUAUUUUUAUUGUCUUUCUUUGGAGCACUUCGACCUGAAGAGAUGGUGGCUGAGAGGGGUACAGCUCUGCAUACGGGACUCCUGUGUUUGAGUGACAUUGAGAUCCAGCAAGACUCCAUUGGCCUUCAUCUUCGUGCACCACAGAUGAGCCAAGGAUGGUUCACUUUCUGGUUGGGACUGUCAGAGAAGCCGUGGCUCUGUCCUGUUCUGGCACUUCAUAAUUAUUUGGCAGUGAGGCCUUCCGGUGAAGGGCCUCUCUUCUUGUAUGGAAACAGGCAUCUACUGUACAGGGAGCGAUUCUUGAAAAUCUUUCAUGCUGCUCUAAGGAGACUUGAUCUCCCCUCAGAACGGUAUGGUAUACAGUCCUUUUGGCUGGGUUCUGUUACCAAUGCAGUGCGAUAUCGCUAUCCUGAGAAAGUAAUUCUUCAUUUGGCAAGGUGGCCAUGUGGACCACUUCCUGAUGGCCAACUCUAA